UUGGAGACGGAGCGUGGCCCCGCCCCCGGGCCCGUCUUGAGCGGAACCGCGGGCCCCGUUGAGUCGGGAUGAGCUCGGCUGAGGCGUCUCCAUGGAGACCAAGCGGGCCGAGAUUCCCAGCGGCGUCCUGGACGACCUCUGCAGUCGAUUUAUUUUGCACAUUCCCAGUGAGGAACGGGACAAUGCAAUCCGUGUAUGCUUUCAGAUUGAACUGGCCCAUUGGUUUUACUUGGAUUUCUACAUGCAGAACACACCAGGAUUACCUCAGUGUGGGAUAAGAGAUUUUGCUAAAGCUGUGUUCAAUCAUUGCCCUUUUUUACUGCCUCAAGGUGAAGAUGUACAGAAGGUUUUGGAUGAAUGGAAAGAGUACAAAAUGGGGGUGCCAACCUAUGGUGCAAUUAUUCUUGAUGAAAGCCUUGAAAAUGUACUGCUGGUUCAGGGGUAUUUAGCAAAGUCUGGUUGGGGAUUUCCAAAAGGAAAAGUGAAUAAAGAAGAAGCACCACAUGACUGUGCAGCUAGAGAGGUGUUUGAAGAAACCGGUUUUGAUAUAAAGGAUUACAUCAAUAAAGAUGAUUACAUUGAAUUACGAAUCAAUGAUCAGCUGGCCCGCUUGUACAUCAUUCCAGGAAUUCCAAAGGACACUAAAUUUAAUCCCAAAACAAGAAGAGAGAUUCGGAACAUUGAAUGGUUCUCCAUUGACAAAUUACCUAGCCAUAGAAAUGACAUGACCCCGAAGUCCAAGCUGGGUUUGGCACCUAACAAGUUUUUUAUGGCUAUUCCCUUCAUCAGACUACUGAAAGACUGGCUCGCUCGACGGUAUUGCGAUUCCUCAGAUAGUGACAAUGGAUUCUCAUCUGCCAGGAGCAGCACACCACCCAAAGCCAAUUCAGAAAAAACGAGAUCAAAGCUCCAUUACAGUCAGCAGGUGUUUCCAGAUAGUUCUUCAGGAGACCAGUGGUCAAAGCAGCGGCAGUUGCAGCAACAGAAGCCAAGUAACAAUCAUUUUGAGAUGUCUGAUACCUUAAAACUAAAGAACCCACGCAGCAAUGGUAGAAAACAAUACCAAGAUACACCCAAUCAAAAGAAGAAAACAAAUGGAGUUCAUAAUCAGCCAGCUAAACAGAGCCAAAGUCUGAAAUGUGAAAAGAAGUUAAAUCCAAGAAGACUCCAAGAUAAUUUUGAAACAGACACAACCUAUGAUGUGUGCUGCGUGAAUGAAGAUCAGCUCCUGGAACACGGACAAUCAGUGUCAUGCAAUGGCCAUUGCAAAUCCUCUUUCUCCUCAGAAGCAUUUUUGAGCUUCAAGUUUGAUCAUGAUGCUAUAAUGAGAAGUUUUGAUCUCUGACGCAUAUUCACUUGCACAAUUCUGCCAGAAACUUGGUAUGAAACAGUUUUCCUAAAAUCCAGCCUUAUCCUUUCUCAGGUUUCGAAGCAUUGCAGGGACCCAGUGAUGGGCUGGAAGGCUUUGUUCUCAUUGCAACAUGGGAGCGGCACCACAUAGUGUUGCACUUUAAAUACUGUACAGCUUUUGCCUGCAAAAAUGCUUUCCAGUGUUUCAUUUGCUAGUUCUGAACUAUGCAUUACAGGGCAUUUUUUCUCAUUUGUUUGUUUUUGUUUUAUGUAUAGAUUUUAGAGAAGUGCUUUAGCCGUAGAGAUGUACUAACCUUUUACACACACACACACACACACACACACACACACACACACACACAUUCUGAUGCAUAGUAAAUCUUUCAUUUCUGAGCUCACAAAAGUAUGGAAAGUCAUGUGAAAUGCAAAAUAAUAAUGAUUUGGCUGGGUUUUGAAGCCAUUCCCCCUUCCCCCCUUGAGCCUCUUUUUUGAUUGUAUGGGAAAUUUUAUAUGGUCGUGUUUUGAAAUGACAUUAACAUCAUGAAAUGCCGAUUCAUUUCAAUAACUGCUUUUCUAGGUCCAGUGAGAUAUGCUAGUGGUAUAACAAUGUGUCCGAUUUGGCUUCCUUAUCCUAAUUUAGAUGUUCUCCUCCCAUUGAAAUGCCUAAUUGAGUGGAAGCACCUAUAUUGAUGAUGCAGUGUGGAAAACUGUGGGUUUAUAGGAGAUCAUUUAGGCAUAUAGAACGUAAGCUAACAUUUUAGGAAUCUAAAAAGAGAGACAGGGAUCUACCAUGUGACAGGUUGCAUCAAUCAGGGCAGAAGAUGCAUGUGGUCUGUUUUGCCAGGUUUUUCACCUUUGUGGAAAGUCUUUGCAUGCUAAAUCUCAUCCCCGAGAGUAAGGGAAGAGGGAUGAUAGCCAAGGUUAUGGGAACAGUGGACUCAAAGCCUCUGCCCGACCUCUAGAGUGCUUACUUUGGGAUUUUCUGCUUCUGCCAGUGGCAUCCAUCUAAUGGAGCUGUCUUCUGUUGGCAGAGGGGCAUCUCUGCCCCAUCUUAACCUUCUUCAGUAGGCAGCACCAGAGAGGACUGCUCUGUUAAUUAGACUUUCCAAAUAUGCACAAUGCUUAUAGGUUUUUUGCCCCACUAGGCUAAUAUAUCUGUUUGAUUUAAUAUUGAGUUUGUGCCCAAAUAAUUAUAACAAGGCUCGAAACUCAAAAACGAAUGAAAUACCCAAGAACUGAGCCUGUGAAACACAGUUGUGGCAAAGAAUGCAGGAACAUCCUUUGUUUUGUAGCUGUCAUGAGGGCAUGUGCAUCUGGGCAAAUGUAACUUACUAUAGAGCUAAUUUCCCAAUAAUUCACUGCCCUGUGUGUCAGGUAGAGACAGUGAAAUUCAUAUUUAAAAUAAUUAAAUUGUGGAUCUUUGUGACUAGGAAAGAAGCUCAAAUUGCCUUCAAAAUGAAUUCAGUUUUAAUUAUAGGCCAUUUAAAAAUGGUUGAGUGGUAAACUUAUCCUAGUGAUUACGUUUUUCUGUGACAUCUGGUAUUUAUUCAGAGCAAUUCGUUGAUUGUGCUUAUUUGUCAAGAGAAAGACAAAAGAGCUUCUAAUGGGUUGAGAUGAUACUCUUCCCCAGUUUACCAUUUUGAGUGGAAAUCUCUUGUUACUAUUCAGUGCUGUUUUGUUUUCUUUUGCAGUAAAAGUGCCUCUUAUAGUAACUUGUUUUAGUUAACAGCAAAUUGGAUUUUUAGUCUGCUUGAGCCAGUUUUUCCCCAAAAUGUAGCUUGACUUCUGAAGAAUGUUACUAUUUGUGCUGCUUCCUUUUGUUAUAGAUAAGAGGAACAUCAAGGCACUUACGUGAAUUUAAAAUAUGAAAUAAAUUGUCUUACGUGAGGAUUUAAAUGGCUGAAAUAACUUGAGUUGUAGCCUCAAAGUGUAUGUGCAUAUGGAGAAACACACUAUAUUAAAUAGUAUGCAAGCCCUGUCCUAGUUUCUGGAUAUACAAUGUGUAAUUGUCCUUUUGCAAAGAGUGACUUCUUUAACAAAGGCAACAUUUGGCUUCUUCACUGAGCAUUUCUUAGAGGCUGUAGAAAACUAACUUGGGCUUAUUAACUUAGUGUUAAGUAGAUUAAAAAUGGUAAAUAUGCAAUAAUUGUUUUUACAAGGCACCACAUAUACCAUAAUGUGCUCCUUCAUUGUAUUGCUAUCAGGUGGGUUCCUGGGUGCCCUGCACUGUGAACAUUUCAGGUUGUUUAAUUUUUUAUUUUGUAAUGGCAUGUCUUGUUUUAUUUUGCUCGCAAAAUGUUUAAAUGAAUAAUUUUAUACUUUUAUAUUCCAAAGUCCAUGCAUAAAAUUUACCUACAUUGCUGGAAAGCUGUGAAGAAAGGGCAAAUGUGGUAAUGGUAUUGACAUUUUAUUUCUCUGAAAUGGGCAUUUUAAAGGAGAUGAAUAAAUGAGCUGUGAAUGGAUUUGAUCUUGACAGAAAUGCUUUAUUGUCUGAACAUUGGGCGCUCCUCUCACAUGCUUUUUGAGGGAAAUGUGACAGCCCCUCAUGUGCUGCUCCUAGCUGAAUGGUGAGUGUCAUAUGAUCCUUUUUGAGUUCAGCUAUUUCUGCUACAAAAGAAGGAAAAAGUUCAGCAGACAAGGCUUUGAGCAAGUUUAGGAGGGGAUGUUAAUGUUCCUGGCAGAUCGUUCAUGUAUGUGUGUGUGAGAGUGCAUGUGCUUGUGUACUAUUUAGUAAAAAGUUGACCUUUUUAUACACAUGGCUGCUCUGUUAGGGCAAUCUUUUCAGCUCAUGAAGACUCUGGUCUCCAACAAACUUGCAUGCUGUUGAAAGCUUCUAUAUCCUCUUUGGAAAAUCAGUCUAGAGGUUACUGUUCUUAACUUUUCCAGAGAUCGCACGCAACCUUUGAACAUGCGAGUGCCAACAUUAGCAGCUUGCACUGCAGAACUGUAAUACUCAGUAGCACAAGUUCCUUUCAGUCCAAAUGUGUGUCUUGUGCACAUAGUAAACUUCGUGUAUGUAUUAGCUCUCUGCCUCUCUCGUGGGGAUUGUGUACAACUGCUACCAUGUAGACAGAGCUUGAUUAUUGUCACAGAUUAGGAGGUGCCAAAUGGGUUCACGAGCAGGAACUUAACAGCAGCUUCUGCUUUGACUUUUGAUGCAGAGAAGAAGCAGAAAUGCAAGUGCCUCUUGUUCCAUUUUUGCUCACUUGAAACAGCAUAUUUAUGUUUCUUCUGCCUGGGAAUAGAAACUAUUCUGAGUGCUAGUACAAGAUCUUGAGUGUUUCUAAGGAAGACUUGUAAAUUUUAUGUCUGCAGCUUAAGCAUGUUAGGAUUCUUAUUUUUUGGGAAGCUAUUUAAUUGUUAACUGUCCCAUUCCGCUGUAUUGCUUCUGCUCUCGUACAUUUAAAGUAUUUGCAUAUUACAUUGAUUCAUUGUGCACUGUGAAGGCAUCCUUAGAGGAAAGCCAUCUUUUACUGAAAUUUAAGUUGUCUUUUUAUACAUAUGUAGCUCUGUCUAUACCAAGAAGGGAAAGAUAAAAAUAAAAAUAAAAAUUCAGUUGUACGCACUGAUAAAUCUGAUAUGUCUUGUCUGCUUUCACUCUGUUUCCAAAUUGGCUAUCAGAAUCAAAUCAGCGAGAUAGUACUUUCUUACUAACUUCAUAAUUUGGACUAUAUCAAGUGGCUUGAUAAGUUAAAAUCAACACCGAUUUUAUCUAUUAUUCUAGAGAAGACAGUGCCCAGGAUCCAAAAUGACUUAUAGGUAUGCAACAACUCCUCCCCAUCCAUUUAAGUAGCAGCAUCCUGUUACAUAUUAAACAUUGUUUUUUAAAAUGGAGUGUUGCAAAGGCAAUCUGGUCUAUGUAGGUGUGUGUGCUGAUUUAAAGUAGAAAAGUUUUUUACAAGCUCCUAAAUUCAGCUCCUAGAACUGGUUUGCUUUGGUUUAACUAACCUCACCAACCAGUCUAUGGAUUUAAGCCUAAGAACUGCAAUCUUAGGUCACUUCAAGACAGAAAUUUAUCAUGGGAGAAAAUGGGUUAAAGUAACCUGUUUUCUCCCAUGUUGCUGUCCACAUGGGCAUCAGGAUGUCCUGUGCAUUGUCCCCAUUGUAGCACAGUAACAACCAAGCUACAAUGAGGGCAUCCCAAAUCCCCCCUAAAACCUUUAAAAUAAAAGAAACACUUUCUGGGCCGAAAUUAGGCCUUUUGGCAUCUUUUUGGAACGUACCAAUGUAGCGCCAAGAGAUGGGGGUACAGGAGCAAUUUGCCCCUACCCCUUAGUACUACAUUGGUACAUUCCAAAAAGCAUGCCAAAAGAUCUAAUGGUGGCCCAGUAUGUUUUUCUUUUAAAAGUUUUAGGGGGAGGAUUUGGGGAGGGGUUGGUUCUGUCUUCACUUCUCCAGGCCCAUGGGACCUGAAGAAACAAAUUGGGUUGUGCGGAUUGACCCCUUGGUAAUCCCAGGACUAAUGAGGAGUCAGUCCCCACAGUGCCCAUACUUCGUUAGACACGAGUCUUUGAGGAAGACCCGGACCUAAUAGGAGUCUUGAAUUAAUUUGGUUUUACCAGAGAUAUCGUUUGGACGCCUCUGGUAAAACUGCGGGAGGUUCUGCAUUAUGGGCCCUGUCUGGAUGGGCCGAGGGUUUUUUUUAAUGAAGUAAAAACAGUAUUCAGUAUCGUCACUGUAGUUAAACUGUUACAGCAUAUUGUGGUUUGAAAACAUAAGACCGAUAUCUUUUCUGUAGACCAAUGUUAUUAAAAGGGAAGUUGUAGAUCAGAUCAAGAAAGAAGAUUUAGUUUUUCAACAAAGAAUUUUAUUACAACAAGCAAUACAUCAAAGCCAAUGUGAGGCACAUGUGGUCCUCCAGAUUUUAUUGAGUUGCAACAGUCAUAAUCCCUAUGUAUCUUAGAUAGUAUUGAGGGAUAAUGGGAGCUGCAGUUCAAAAUCACCUGGAGAACAUGUUCCCCCAUCCCAGCUUUAUAGAAAAGAUUAAAGUAUGUUACCUUGUAUAGUCAGGUAUCUAAAGCAUAUCAUGGUAACAGGUGUGUGUUCUUAGUGAAAAGUAGUUUAUUCUUCAGUGUUGGGUGGCUUUAGUAAAGCAUAACAAACAUUUUAAAUAGUGUGUAGCAUGAAUGCAUUUUAACAAACUCAAAUGUGUUUGUUUAACCCAGUAGUUCUCAACCUGUGGGUCACCAGAUAUUUUGGCCUUCAACUCCCAGAAACCCUAACAGCGGGUAAAUUGGCUGGGAUUUCUGGGAGUUGUAGGCCAAAACACCUGGGCACCCACAGGUUGAGAACCACUGGUGUAAAUAUUGUGAGGGUCUGUUUAAAGCAAGGGGUUGCUUUAUAUAUGGGUGGUGUGCAAAGUAUCAUAAAUUAUAAUUAUAAUGAAGGUAUUAUAAUUAUAAUUAUAAUACCUUCAUAAAUUAUAAUUAAGGUCCUAUCUGAAUAUUGAAAUUAAUUUAUAAUGUUCUGAUACAAUUAGUUAAACAGGCUAGAUUUAAACCUAGAAAUAUCUAGAUAAGCUUUGAUGGAAGCUGCAAGGCAGGUAUUGGCAUGGUCAGUCUUUGGAUUAGGAAUCCAAUUUCUUCUGCCGUAUUUGUAAGAGCAGAUGUUCUUGAUCUCAAAUGGAGACAGGAGCAGUGACUGAGCUCUCAGAUAUAUAUUUCUUGCUGUAUUUGUUAUAGGAAUUAAAAGUUCUUUUUUCCCAUUUGUUGAGGGACAUACAGUAGUUUGAAAUUGGUUUUGAAAGUACAUUGCUCGAUGCUGCCUAGUCUUCUCAUGUAUGUAUGGUUAUUUGGCAAUUUCCUUUUUUAUUAAUACUACUUAUGUAUUUUUUAAAAAAAACAAAUGCUUACCGCUAAGAUGUGUUGGACUUACAGAUAACUGUAAUGAUAUGAAAUGUGAUUACUUUCUAGAAUUGGAAAUUAGUUUUUGCUGCCAGGUCAAAAAUUGUAUAAAAGCCUGCAACCCGCGUUGCUUUGCCUGGCAGCAAUAUUUGUUUGUAUUGUCAGUUGAAACCUUGUUCAAGCAUUAUGAAUGAACAGGGAAUUUGAGCAUGUUUGGUGGAGAUGGCACAAUACAUGUAUAGUCCCCGGUGCCUGCAGUUUCUUGCCACAUUUUAUUGAACAGCUUAGAAACCACCUUGUUGUUUUUAUUGGAACUCCCAAUUGAAGGGAGGUUCUACAGACACACAAAUGAACCCACAAGUCCCCCCUUUAGACUUUUCUGCUGAACACAGACCCUGGUGAACAUGAGGAUGUCAGGUGUUGAAAGUGGUGCCUGUGCACUCUACAUGAGUUGUGGCUUCAACAAAACUACACUGAAGCAUUUUUCAGAGUUAUACCAUGUGUUGAUUAAAAAUUGUAGAAUUGGAAUUUGGCAUCCACUAAAUGUGAGGAUGGAGAGACAAAUUUGAUAACAUCUGUCACAUGAGCAUUGUACUGAAUAAAUAUACAAUGCUUCUACCAUUUCUCAUUAAAAUGUUGAUUUCUUGUGCAAUGUUUUUUUUGUAAACAAAAGGGGGAGUACAUAAUAAUAUGUUAGGAAAGCACAUUCCUAUCCUAAAAGUGGGCAGUAACCUGUAACUUUUUAUCAUGAAGAAGAAAUACUGAAGAGAAACCCAUAAGAAUGGAGGCUUUGUGAUAUUUCGGCAUUAGAAAUUUAUUCAGAAUAUAAGAACAUUUGUAAAAGUAUUAUAAAUGCCUCUGUAUAAAUAAAUGCAGUUUGUACAAUUCUAUAUAUCAAACCAACACAAAGUAGCUAUUUUACAGCAGCUAAAGAACUAAAACUAUUUCAAAAAUCAGAAAAACAAUGUUUUUUCAAUGAAAAAAAUGUCAAUAUAAACAGUAAACCAAUACUGACAUAAAUGCAAAAUGAAUAUGUGCUUUGUAAAGAACAAUACAUUCAAGCUGGUGUAAAAAUGUUAUACAUUAGCUGGAAAAAUAAACAAGAGUUGGAACGUG